AUGGAAGAACUUUAUCCAAAUUUAGUAAAAGUUUUUGAAAUUGGACGGACAUAUGAAGGUCGAAUCAUAAAAGUUUUAAGAAUUUCAGAUGAUCCGCAAACUUUUGAUAAAAUUUGGAUUGAUGGAGGAAUACAUGGUAGAGAAUGGAUGACACCAUCUGCAAUUACAUACAUUAUUUAUACGAUGCUAUUAAAUUGGGAUGUUAUGCCGUAUCAUGUUAAAACCAUGACCUGGUUUUUUUUACCAGUUUUAAAUCCGGACGGAUAUGAUUAUUCAUGGAAAACUGAUAGACUUUGGUAUAGAAAUCGAAGAAAAAAUUUAUUAUACGCAAAAGAUGCGGAACUUUGUAGAGGUAAAAUGUUUGAACUUUAUAAUACAACAUAUAGUGUACAACAGGCAAAUUUACCAUUUCCAGUGAGCGGAACACCAAUAGAUUGGGCGAAAAUUUUAUUAAGUCCCUUAUACACCUAUCAAGUUGAAUUACGAAGUCGUAAAAAUCAAGGUUUUCUAAUGGCUAAACAUGAAAUUUUACCGGUUGUAAAAGAAGCUCUGGAUAUUGUAAUUACAUUUUCAGAAUUAAUAUAUGAAAAUGAUGAUGAAAGAAUUUUAUUCUUUAAGUGGAUACAAUGGGUUACAUUACAUACAGGUUACAUUUUAUUGGCAAGCGUUGGAGUCGAAGGUAAUGAAAUCGCUGACAUCUUAGCGUAG